AUGACCCAGAUCCUUGACAAAAGGCAGGACCCUCUUAACCUGGGCGGUGGCUGGGCAUCCUCGGCCCCAUUACGCAGCUGGUCCUCGUGCCACCGAAGGCGCAGGGGUGCCCCGAUUAACAAGCGGUGGCACCGUUAUGGCCCCAAGGCUGAAUAUGAGCCCCCAAGGAAGCAACAGCGCGGCCCUGACCCUUGGUUCCAACCACCUCGACGGCCCUAUUGGGCCAUGUCCUCCAACUCCGGACAUUGGGGAGGGCCCUGGCACCCGCCCCCGGCCAGAUUCUGGAAGGUCCCCAGCCAGGUGCAAAUGAUCCGGUUGUGUGGACUGCAACCGUUCUGCCUUUGCUGCUGCUCCUGUUGGCGCAGACACUGGAACCCCGGCUGGAUCAGGCCCUAUGGCAGGAAGAGGCGAUGGGGCCGCAGAGGCCGGGGUCUACGCCGCCACCCUCGCCGCUUCCCAAGGAGCCCGCCUGUGGAUCUGAGCAUGCUGCUGCGGCCAGUUAACCUGUAUGGGUGGCGGGCUCCCGGCAUGCGCGCACCGCGUAACACCACCCAGUUCAUCAUGAACCAGAUCUACGAGGACAUGCGGCAGCAAGAGAAGCUGGAGCGCCAGCAGGAGGCGCUGCGAACACAAGAAGUUCAGGCGGGCGAACCGGCCUCCCCAGCGGCCACCUCUGGAGACUACGCGCCACCUAGCGGGGCCGAGGAAGAUGCGGAGCUUCAAGAAAUUUUGUACAGUUUUGUGCAGGAUCCCUGUCUAGUAUUCAGUCCUGUCACCAAGGAGGAAAACCAGUCUCCCACCCCGCAGAUAAUGGAGGAAGCAGAACAAAAAAAUGAUGAAGAAGAGGGGUAUGAGGAGGAAGUGUGUGAUGAGCAGAGUGAGGGAGAGGAUGAAGAGGCAGAUGGUGAGGAAGGCGAGGAUGAAGAAGAGGGCGCGGAUGGAGAGGAGGAGGGUGAGGAGGGAGAGGAGGCCGAAGAGGCUGACUAUGAGCAGGAGAUGGGGGAGGAAGACGAAGAUGAGCAGAUAGCCGAGGAAGAGGAGGACAUGUAUGACCAGAGUGAGGAAGACAACCAUUUGCCUCUGGAAAUGCCUUUAUCAAUCCUAGUAGAGUCUGAAGAAGAAAGAGAGAACUUUAUAAACUAUGACUAUUUCAGCCCAGACCAAAUCAAUCCCGGAGUGUCACAGGAUAAUCUCUUCAUGGUACAGGACAUUAACCCUUAG